AUGCGCCUUAUUGCAUCUAAGCCUGUUGCACCUCCACAAGAGCUAUCUGUUAGACCUGAAGAUCGUAUGUAUGUAGAAGGCUACCCAAGAAAAGAGUCCAACAAGUAUAACCAGCAUUUGAAAGCGAAGAGCUCACCAAACAAAGGGAAGCAAGUUCAGACUUCCAAGUCCACUCAAGCUGGCGGGUGCAACAAGUGUGGAAAUUAUCAUAAAGGAGAGUGCUUGGCUGAUCAACACAUUUGUUACCAGUGUAAACAGCCAGGCCACAUGAAGAGAGAAUGUCCUCUAGCAAGAAAGAAGGGAGCAAUUGAUCUAGAGAUGCCAAAGCCAGCUAGAGUGUACACCUUAGAUGCCAAAAAGUCGAAGGGAAAUAAUGAACUCAUUACGGGUAAGUGUUAUCUAAAUGAUGAACCUCUUACUGUGUUGUUUGAUUGUGGAGCAUCACAUUCUUUUAUUUCUUUAAAGUGUGUGAAUCAACUUAAUCUAGAAGUGACUCCUUUAAGUAUACCAAUGGUUAUCACUACAGCAACUGAUGAAAACGUAGAAACUACUUUGACGUGUCAAAACUGUCCCAUUAGAGUUGGAAACAAAACUUUUUUGAUAGAUUUGAUUUGUGUGCCCAUGAUGAGGAUGGAUGUUAUAUUGGGCAUGGAUUGGCUUUCAGCUAAUUCAGUGUAUCUCAGAUGCAAAGAAAAAGUUGUUUUCGUUCCACCUGAGAAUAUGACAACGGGAGAAGUGAUAUCUAAAUUACUAGAGAAUGCUCACCAGAUGAUUUAA